AUGAGAAGGAAUGGCUCACCUUCGCUAAAUGGGGAGAGAAGUAUGGUUCUAUCAGGCGAUAUAGUUUCGGUCUCCAUCCUUGGUCGGCGCCUGGUUGUCAUAAAUUCGGCUCAGAUGGCUAUCAGUAUACUUGACAAGAAAAGUUUUAUCUACUCCGAUAGACCAGUCGUCGGGAUGGGCGAGCUCGUCGGGUACAAAAACACCCUCGCUCUUAUGCCUUAUGGGGCCCGUUUCCGCAACUACCGUAGAUUAGCACAUCAGCUCUUCGGCAACAACGCGACCAUGAAUCAAUUUCUGCCGAUGUUAGAGUUCGAGACGCGACGUUCUUUAAAGAGGACCUUUACGGGACCUGAAGGACUCUCCAAACAUAUCCGAAAGACUUCCGGUGCCAUAAUUCUGCAAAUCUCACAUGGGUACGUGACUCAAGAAGAGAAUGACCCAUUCGUGGAGCUGGCGGAACGAACAGUGAACCAGUUUUCUCUUGCAGUGGCCUCGGGCAGUUUCUUAGCCAAUAUUAUUCCAAUCUUAACCCACAUCCCAGAUUGGUUUCCGGGGGCGGGAUUCAAACGGACCGCUCGAGAGUGGGCUUCAACCCUAAACGAAUUGGUGGAAAAACCACAUAACUAUGUGAAGGAAGAAAUGGCGGCUGGAACGGCUCGUCAUUCCCUGACCUCCAGCCAUCUUGAAAAGGACGUGACUGCCGAAGAAGAGUACGAUAUCAAAUGGCUUGCAGCAUCUCUAUAUGCCGGUGGGGCUGAUACUACUGUUGCAGCUAUUUACGUCUUCUUCAAAGCAAUGCUUCUGUAUCCUGAGAUUCAGGCCAAAGCACAAGCAGAGAUCGACGCGGUGAUUGGGGAUGACAGGCUACCACGAUUCGAUGACAGGGAGCGCCUCCCGUAUGUCAAUGCACUAGCGCUCGAGGUCUCCCGAUGGCAUACCGUUGCACCUGCAGGCCUUCCUCAUUGCGUUACUGAGGAUGAUGUUCAAUUCGGUUAUUUUAUACCCAAGGGUUCCAUGGUCUAUGCGAACAUCUGGAAAAUGCUUCACGAUCCUGCGGUAUAUGAUCAACCAUUCGAAUUCAAGCCGGAGAGAUUUAUUCGAACAGAAAGCAAGGAGCCAGAAUUUGAUCUUCAUAAAGUGGCGUUUGGAUUUGGACGGCGCAUUUGCCCAGGUAGAGUCUUAGCUGACGCCUCCAUAUUUAUUUCAUGUGCUAUGGUGUUAUCGGUCUUCACCAUUUCGAAAUACUCUGAAAAUGGUGUUGUAUUCGAACUGGACACAGAGCAUACCGCGGGUGCUGUCGGCCAUCCGACGCCGUUCAAGUGUGCAAUCAAAGUUAGGAGCGAGAAGGCUUUAGGACUUAUCAACGAAGAAAGAGUUGAUUGAGGAAUGAACGUCGUUGAUGUAAUCACAUCUCCGUCAAUUGAAG